AAGGAAAAAAACUGCACCGAGCACCGUGCUGUCUCACACAAGUAGUUUGGUAUGACCAAGCAAACCGAACCGGACCGCGAUCCAGUUCAGAGCUGCAGCCCCGCGGACCGAGAGCAGACCCGGAGACACUGAGGACCCGAGCGGCGCGGCGGGAUGGACAGCGAUGAGGAUAACGUGGAGGAGGUGGUGGAAGGACCACUGGAUGAUGAUGACCUCCCCCACGGCUUCUGCACUGUCACCUACUCCUCCAGUGAUCGCUUUGAGGGCCACUUCGUCCACGGUGAAAAGAACGGGAAGGGCAAAUUCUUCUUUUUUGACGGCAGUACUUUGGAGGGUUUCUAUGUGGAUGAUGCUCUGCAGGGCCAGGGUGUGUACACAUAUGAAGACGGUGGCGUGCUCCACGGGUCAUAUGUAGAGGGAGAACUUAAUGGUCCCGCACAGGAGUUUGAUCCAGAACGUCGCCUGAUCUUCAAGGGCCAGUAUAAGGACAACAUACGCUGCGGCAUCUGCUGGAUCUACUACCCGGACCGAGGCUGUGUGGUGGGGGAGGUGAAUGACGAAGGGGAGAUGACGGGCAAGGGUGUGGCAUACGUUUACCCGGACGGACAGACAGCCCUGUACGGCAGCUUUGUGGACGGAGAGCUGAUCGAGGCUCGGCUGGCCACCCUGACCAACCAGGAGAACGGCAGACCUCACUUCAGUGUGGAUCCAGACAGUCCUGUUUACUCCUACGACAAAUCCACUUCAUCCUGUAUUGCUGGUCACAAAUUGCUGCCGGACCCAUAUGAGAGCCAACGUGUGUAUGUGGGACAGUCAUUGAUUUCUGGAGCAGGGGAAGGACUGUUUGCAAAAACUGAUGCUGCCGCUGACACAGUAAUGGCCUUUUACAAUGGAGUGCGCAUCACACACUCAGAGGUGGACGAUCGUGAUUGGUCUCUAAAUGGGAACACCAUUUCAUUAGAUGAAGAUACAGUGAUUGAUGUUCCUGAACCUUUUAACCACAAAGAAAAAUACUGUGCAUCGCUUGGACACAAGGCCAAUCACUCCUUCACCCCCAACUGCAAAUACGACCCGUUUGUCCAUCCUCGUUUUGGCGCAAUAAAAUGCAUUCGAACAAUCCAAGCGGUUCAGAAAGACGAGGAGCUCACAGUCGCGUACGGCUAUGACCACGAACCUUCAGGAAAAUCCGGCCCAGAGGCUCCGGACUGGUACAAACGGGAGCUGCGCGAGUUUCAGGAGAGGGAGGCGGGACGGGGGGCUAAGGACAAGUGUUAAAAACCCUCACAGAGGACCCCCCCCCCCUCCCCCCAAAGAAAAAACCUCUCGCAUAUCUAAUGCCAAGCAGCCUAAACCCACCUUGACCUGAUCUCCAAAACCGCCCCCCUUUUGCUAUCUUGCUGUUAUGUAGUGCUGAAAAAAAACCUGUUUUUAAUACUCCGUAUGUUACUCUUCCUCUUAACCUGCUCUGAUUUCUUGUUGUAUCCACUCUUUGAACCCGAGGCUAAACAGUACAAAACUGUCACCAGACCUUUUUCCACUUAGAUACUGAAGAACUUGAGAGACUUUUUUGGAGGUGCCACAAUAUAUGGAGCAUAAAAUCUGAGAUUCAGGUAUUUUAAUCUGCAUUUUGUGUAUUUAAAUGUUGAUAAUAAAUUUACCUGACUUUUGAUAAACUUGAAAUUAGGGCUGGAAGAUUAAUCUAAUUUUUAUUCUUAUUGCAGUAUGAGUUUUCACAAUGAACUCAUUGAAGGAGCUGUAAAUACCAGAAAUUAUGGAUUUAUUGUUGUCAGUUUGACAGAAUUUGACAACCAGUAUUAUCCACUGCAAAUUUAACCUAUUCGUUUGAUUAGCACCACCACAUUGGGUAAUUUUAUUGGGGAGUUUCAAUAAAAAUAUUAUUAUUUUGUGCUACGUAAUGUCACAAGCGAUAAUAUGAAACGAUGUAUUACAAUAUUGAUAUUUUGUCCCAUACCUAGUGAUCAUGGCUAGUAUAUGGUGUAAGAAGUGAGUUAUGGCAUAACAUACUUUACAGUUAUCAAAGAAAAAUCAGGGAAAUUUAGUUUAAAUGUACAAAAUGCAAAUUUAAAUACGUUCUUCAGCUUUCGAGCUCUACGCUAUGAUAUGUGAUCUGAAAACCCAUGUGACUGUGAGAGUGCGAGAAUGUGAAGAUUGUGAAGUGACUGAAGCACAAGGCGCUGUGAGUUGGCACCGUGAUGCGUAUCGAGAACUAUGCACUAUUGACCCCAGCCAGAGUUCCUCUCUGCAAACCUCUACAAGCACUUGCAAUGCAGUCCGUGUCUGUCUGUGGAUGAGCUGCCCUUAGCUGUUAGAACAUCUUUCACACAGUCGAUAGCGACUCCAGCAAUCACCUGUGGAGUAGUUGAACCUCUCUCUGUUGUGGCACAGUUACUAUCUGUGUUAUUGUGUUUACCUGCACUGAGUACCAUCAGACACUAAUAGUGCUGUAAUCUACAGUAUUAUAAUCACCCACACAUUAUAAACACUUGGGUUUUCAGCUUUUGUGGAAUAAUCAGGAGUGUGGAAUCGUGUUGAAGCACAUUGUGUUUGUGUGUGUGAGAGAGAGCUGACUGAGUGAGUGUGUGUGGUGGAGUAUUUAGAAGAUGAUCUGGAGGAGACUUUAUAUGGGACUGAAUUCAGGCCUUUGAUAUGCAAUAUCUCUAAACCAGGAUUUAUCAAUAAAAUAUUUAAAACCUGACACAAA